GUUUUUUAUAGCAGGUCAAUGUGCUGCUGUUGGGACUGACUUCAAUCAGAGACACAGAAAAUGCCUUUAUCACCAUCAUCAUCAUCACCAUCAUCUCCAUCAUCAUCAUCAUCAUCAUCAUCAUCAUCAUCAUCCGAUUAUUUUAGAGCAGGCAGUGUGAGCAAUCACCAUGAUAACUAAGACAGAGAGUGUUGACAAUGACAGCCUUUCUAUCACGUAAGGAUGGUCGUUGUUCAACGGCGAUUUCAGGAAAUGUACACUUGAUUGGCUGCUCUCGCUAAAGUGGUGGCCUCUUGCCUCUGUGCCUGUCAUGUUAAGCUGGGGACAGUGAGGGGUUAAAUCUGCUGGUUCACAGAGGGGGAAAAAAAGUGUUUUGAUGACAGGAUGCAUGUCAAGGUUUCAGAGUGAGAAUGGUAAAGCCACACACACGCUAACAGGAAGACAUCUACCCACAGUGCCAGUAGCAGAAGCUGCCUGAGACAGUUUGUUCGACAACAGCUAACAGGGUGCUACUCAAAAUGGAGCAGAUCGUCUUCCAUGCGCUAUGCCUUAUCUCAGUACUAGGAAGAAGUGCAGGAGGUUCAGUUCCAGUUAAAGGUUUCACCGGAGGUGGAAUAGCAAUUUUUUGCAAGUUUGAUGAUCAGCAUAAAGGCAAGCCCAAGUACUUCUGCAAGGGUGAUGCUUUAACCUGCCCUCACAAUCGGCUAACUCACGUCAACAACAGCAGAUUCGUCCAGUAUGAAAACGUUCACGGGGACUACUUAACCGCUCUCCUCACCAAUCUCACCUCAGAGGACAGUGGGACUUAUCACUGUGCAGCCGAAGAUGGACACUUAAAUACUGGAAUCAAUUUGAACGUUAAACAAGGUGAUUGCUGUGACACUCCUAUCACAGUAAUCGGAUAUGAGGGAAAAAAUGUCAACAUUCAUUGCAAGUUCCCUGUGGAAUCUAAAUCUAACAUCAAGCACUUCUGUAAACAACAUGAGAACUUCAUCGAGACAGAUCUAAUUGAGUCAAAGCCAUCGUUAACGAGUGCAAAGUAUUCUCUGCCUGACCACAAAACUGAAAACAGCUUCACUGUGACCAUCCAUGACCUGGAAGGGAAGGAUGCCGGAACCUACUGGUGUGGAGUGCGAACUGGUGGGGAAAAUAUUGCUUUGACCACACAGAUUGAUCUACAGAUCACAGUUCAAGUGAAAGGAUUUACCAGUGGAGGCAUUGUUAUCAUCUGCAAAUUUGAUGAUCAGGAUCAGCGCAGGCAGCGGUACUUCUGCAAGGGAAAUGCUACGACCUGCCCUUCCAAUCUUGUCACGCAGGAUAGUGACAGCAGAUUAUACCAGUAUAGAAAUGUUCUCGGGAACUAUCUAACAGUUCUCAUCACAAACCUCACCUCCGAAGAUGCUGGGACUUAUCAUUGUGCAGAAGAUGGCAAAUCACUCACUGAAGUCCAUCUAAGCAUAGAAGAGGGUGACUGCUGUGGACAACCUAUUACAGUAACUGGAGAUGUGGGAGGAAACGUCACCAUCCAGUGCAAGUACCCAGUGGAAUUUACAAACAACACCAAGCAUUUCUGUAGACAUCAUAAGGACAGUAUAAAGUUAGAUCUUCUUGAGACCAAACCAUUACAAACAAAUCUCAAGUAUUCUCUGUCUGAUGACAAAAGUGGAAACGUCUUUACUGUGACUAUCUAUAACUUGAAACUUAAGCACGUUGGAGAAUACUGGUGUGGAGUGAGUUCUGGUGGAAGUAGCGUCGCUUUGAUCACAAAGGUGGAGCUCCAGAUUCCAGCCCCUGCUGAGAACACAAAGAAGGCACCGGUGUUGUUGGUGUUGGUGGUGACAGCGCUGGUGUUAGUAGUUACACUCUUCCUGUGCUACGCACGUAGACAGAGAAGGAAGCGUGACAGGUCGAACGGAAUGACGGAGGAUCACCAAGAGAAUCCAGACCCAGACAGAAUUUACGAGGAGAUUGAUGACAUCGGCCUUCCUCUCCGUCCUCUGCCUAUGAGGAGAUGCACCAAUGCCACGGUAGACAACACAGAUGACCCCACAUACUAUACUACCGCACAACUACCCACAAUCCCCUGUGAUGAUCCCACGUACUAUACCAUCCAGUCACCCCUGGAUGUGUCUGGCGACGCAGGCCUCCACCUUCUCUCCAUGGAAACCCACACUGUCUACACCACCGCACAACUACCCACAAUCCCCUGUGAUGUCCCCACAUACUUAAACAUCCAGUCGCUCACACACACUUCAGGUGACAUGGUCCUAAACACCGGCACUGAUGAGACAAAUAGUACAGUCAGCACUGUGUAUGCCUCUGCGCAGGGACCUAUUGAUCCCGGCCGUGGUCCCCCUCAAGGCACCGAUCAGAUGGACAAGGCCACUCAUUCACCCACACACACGUCUGACAACACUGAUUAUUCUAUGGCCUCUGAUCAGAUGGACAAGGCAAUCCAUUCACCCACACACACGUCUGACAACACUGUCUAUUCUACGGCCUCUGAUCCAACCAACCCUAAAAUGAAUACGGUUUAUGUCACAGCCGGAUUUAGCACAAGUACAAAUGAAGGUGCUACUGACCCCGACGUUCUGGUACCCACAAACCCCAGUAAUGACCCCGCGAUGUGCGCUGAACACGUACCCUUAAAGGCAAAUGAUGAUCCCACACAAUUAACUGCACCAGACAAAACAAGCCAACCUGAAAACUCAGAUCAGUUUGUUCCCCCUGAUACCACACAUACUGAACUACAUACGAGCCAAUUACCCAUAUCAAAUAAAGAUCCUUUAUACUCCAAUGUCAAGGUACCUACAAACCCCCGAUGAUGAACACACAGCUUUAAACGUCCAGGUACCUACAAACCCCGAUAAUGAACACACACAUUUAAAUGUCAAUAUGCUCAUCGAUGACAACUGACUUGGUAAAAGCAUGAAGACAUAACAUGAAUGUUAAUAGAAGGCACCAUGUACUACACAACUGUAAUGCUGAGAACUCACUAUUAAUAAAUGUUCGCUUUAAAUUCCGCUUUGCACUUUGAAUGAUCGCACAGUAAAUAUCUCACUUCCUGUUUCAACAAGGGUAACCCUCUGGAAAAUUAAGCAUUGGUUUUGUAUUAUUGGUUUAGCAUAGAUUCUGUUCAAUUAUCAUUUUCAUAGUGCUGUGUAAAUGUGUGUAUAUUGUCUAGGCCUGCACGUCCCCUUUAAAUGUUGUGUGCAAGGGUUUUUUAUAAGUCAGUUUAUGUAAGAUUAUCCCAUUAUUGGAAUUGUUAAUGUACAUAUGCACACAAUUCUAGCACGGACAAAUGUGUUUUUUUAUAUAUAAGUCUUGACUGAAUAGUUGUUCAAAUACAUAUCUAAUCUCAUCAAUAAACAACAUGAUGAAUAUGCACUGACGGGUUACGUCCUUUGAUCAAUAAACAU